CGGGGUCUUCUUCCUGGUUUGCAAUGCUGCUUAUGGAGGCAAUAAUCUCUAGAAAACUGACAACACCUAGAAAAACAACAGCGAGUAAAGCGACCAUAAUAGUUUUUCCUUUUUGAAUAGCAGUUGAGAAACGCGGCACCGCGAUGGGAUUAUUAACCAUCCUAAAGAAGAUGAAGCAGAAGGAGCGGGAGAUGAGGCUGCUGAUGUUAGGUUUGGACAACGCUGGGAAGACCACCAUCCUGAAGAGGUUUACCGGGGAGGACGUGGGCACAAUCUCUCCUACACUGGGCUUCAACAUCAAGACACUGGAGCACCGAGGGUUUAAGCUGAAUAUUUGGGAUGUGGGCGGUCAGAAGUCGCUGCGGUCCUACUGGAGGAACUACUUUGAGAGCACGGACGGCCUGGUGUGGGUGGUGGACAGCGCAGACAGACUCAGGCUGGAGGACUGCCGACAUGAGCUGAGCACACUGCUGCUUGAAGAGAGGUUGGCCGGCGCCACGCUGCUGGUGUUCGCCAAUAAACAGGAUUUACCUGGAGCCUUGUCCAAAGAAGCAAUACGAGAGGCGCUGGCUCUCGACGAGAUCAAAACCCACCACUGGUGCAUUCUGGACUGCAGCGCAUUAACGGGGCAUAACUUGUUAGCUGGAAUGGACUGGUUAUUAGACGACAUUGAUGCCAGGAUCUUCACGAGUGACUGACUUUGUGCUUGUUCAACACAUCUGCAAAAUCUGAAGCUUAGAAGGUGUGUUUGGUCAUUUUGUAUGUUUUCCUAUUAAAUUUGAGUUGUGCA